AUGUGGUAUUCCAACGGUAAGAAGGCUCAAAACCAUGCCCACGCGAUGAGCACUGCCGACAUUGGCCUUGCUACACAUACGAAGGAGCUUGACUUCCGAGUUGGAGCCCAGGCGAGCAGAAGCCCUGCACGAUAUGAAGGAAGGCCCUAUGUGCUUGGUGAAUUGUUGAUCAAACAUGAUCCGGCAGUUGCCCUCAUUCAGCCUGACAAGGGCAGCUCUGAAGCCUGGUGGUACAAGCCGGCAGUCAUACAUAAAGAUUUUCGACAAGGGCCUGAAACAUUUGCCGAUCCCAAGGAUGGUGCCCCCUGGUGCAGAUGCAACCCCCCAGCCUGA